AUGUUCUCCGCCAGCUGGGUUGUCAAUGAGACGGCAGAUGUUGCUGAGCAGACCCUUGAUCGGCUCUACCACCAGGGGCAGCAGAUCCAGCACGCCGCCCACGGCAUUGAGCAGAUUGACGAGAACGUGCAGCAUUCCCGGCGCAUCAUCACCUUCAUGAGCCGCUUCUGCUGCUUCCGCUCCGACACCAGCGACCCUGACAUUGAGCUGGAGCGGCACUGGCGAACCAACACGGUGGAGCGGCAGAGCAUGGCAAGAGUGGUGGCAGCAGAUUGUGUUGAAGAGGAGUAUGCUGCCAAGCGCCGCCUGGUGGGCGCCGUGCUCGCCAAGAGCUUGGCAGCUGCGGGGCCAGCCGCAGUUGCAGCAGCAGCAAGCACGGCGGCAGAUGCGGUGGCAGCGGGCAAGGAGCCCUGGAGCGAGCUCAUUGCUGCCGUGCCGGGGCCUCUGGGCAGGGAGCGGGCGAGGCGGCGCAGCUCGAUGCCUAUGCUGGGGCAUGGUAUAGAAGAGCGUGAACUGGCGCAGCUGCAGGCUGAGACGGCAAAGCAGGAUUGCUACUUGGAUGGGAUUGACAGUGCCAUGGAUAAGCUGCAUGCCAUGGGCCUGGCAAUCGGGCAGGAGCUCGAUGAGCAGGCUCCCAACCUGGAUGCGCUGCAGCACCGGGUGGAGGACACGGGAGAGGGCCUGCGCAGCGUGGCCUCUGGGGCAGCAAAGCUGGCUGGAAGCGCACCGCGCCGCGGCACCAGCGCCAGCAGCUGGCACGGGGAGCGUGACGCGGCCACGCAGGUGGUGUCGAGGGCGAUGGCGGACACUGCGCCACUGGUGGCCCGCUACAGCAUGCAGUGA